AUGCUUUCGGGGUGCUCGGUGUCCAGUCUCGCGGCGCGGUUCGCCUUCUUCCCGCCGGAGCCGGCGACGUACGCCGUCCGGAAGGACGAGGCCACGGGCCGCCUCGUCGCCUCCGGCGUGCCGCGGGACAACGCCAUGGACGUCCUGCUCGUCAACACCACCAGGGGGAACAAGGUCGUGGCCUUCUACUUCCGGAACCCCUGCGCGCGCCUCACCCUGCUCUACUCGCACGGCAACGCCGCCGACCUUGGCCAGCUGUACGAUCUCUUUGUGCAGCUCAAGGUCAAUCUCAAGAUCAAUCUGAUGGGAUACGACUAUUCUGGCUAUGGUGCAUCUACUGGCAAGCCAAGCGAAGAGAAUACAUAUGCAGACAUUGAAGCAGUUUACCAAUGCUUAGAAACUGAGUAUGGGAUCAGCCAGGAAGACAUUAUCUUGUAUGGACAAUCUGUGGGCAGUGGACCAACAUUACAUUUAGCCUCUCGUUUGCCUAGAUUGCGUGGGGUGGUUCUCCACAGCGCUAUACUGUCAGGCCUCCGUGUUGUUUGCCAUGUGAACUUUACUUUCUGCUUUGACAUUUACAAAAAUGUGAAGAAAAUAAAAAAGGUCAAAUGCCCAGUGCUCGUUAUUCAUGGGACGGAUGAUGAUGUUGUGAACUGGUCACAUGGAAAGGAGCUGUGGAAACUAGCAAGGGAUCCUUAUGACCCACUCUGGAUCAAAGGGGGAGGUCACUGCAACCUGGAGCUGUACCCAGACUUCAUCCGCCACCUAUCCAGGUUCAUCCGUGAGAUGGAGAACAUCACAACAAAGAUCCGGCUCAAGAAGAUCAGGCCGUCCCUUCAGCCCAGAAAGAAGGCCCACCACCGGGCGAACACCGCGACGACAACCACCUUCACCGCUAACUGCUGCUGCCGCAUCCGAGUCCGCAAGCCGACCUGCCCCAGCUGCAACUUCAGCUGCGGCUGCUGCGGCGGGCUGAGGAACUGCUUCGCCUUCCGUUUUUCCAGGUGCUGCCGCCCUACUACCUGCUUCACCUCCUCCUGCAGCGGCGGCUGUUGCUCGUGCAGGAGCUGCUUCAAGUGCUGCUGCUGUGGAGACGUGCGUUAA